AUGUGUCAGCCAGGGUACAGCGGUGUUACGUGCAACAUUGACGCUGAUCCUUGUAGUACAAACCCAUGUGCGGGCGUAGCAAGAUGCCAGUCUACAGUAACAGAGUAUAUCUGUCAGUGUGAACAGGGUAAAAUAUUCACCGGAAACCAGUGCAGAGAUGAUCCCACAAGACCGGUCAUUCUUGUUAACAAUUUAAAUGGUGUACUUGAGCCGCCAACCCUACAAACACCAUUCCGUUGGACCACCAAAACUAUUUCAAUAAUGUUAAGGAUCAGAGUGCACGCUAGUUCUGACGAUGAAUCGGCGUGUUUGUUGAAUAUCUACGUGCAAAAUUCAUUAUAUCCAAACUAUCAGGAUUAUAUGUACUGGAUAACCGUUAGUCGCGGAGGAAUUUGGGUUAAAAAUGACAUGUCUUCCUGGGAAGGUGUCACGUUUAACGAAGAUUUUGGCAGUGAACUAGGGGAUGGGAGUUGGCAUCAUUUGGGUAUUGCAAUAGAUGAAAAUGGCAUGUUGUCGGCCACUUUAGAUGCUAUCACGAUCGACGAUGCUGUUGAGGUUCUAUCCCCUCCGGCGGGGGAAAAGAACGUGCAGAUAUAUCUAGGCUAUUUGAAUUUAGCCGAAUAUCAGGAUGUAUCUGUAUGGGACGUAACUUUAACAAACAGCGAUUUUGCACGAGCGUCUGUUGAUAUUCAACCAUCUGUAAAUCAUGUACAAGGAUGGUGGAACUAUGACCUUAUGACCUCAGGGAUGCGUCUGAUAGAACCGUUGCCUGAUAAUCUUUUAGACGAUCCGAAUUUACACUUCCCGCAGCUGAACUGUGAUGGUUUUGAAAACAUAAUGCAUGUGUCUGCUGAAAGAGUUGUAGACAGGGAUACAUUUGUCGGCAAGAUUGAGGAGGUCAAAGAAAACACCAAUGAAACUCUCACUUUCAAACACUCACUUCCACCAAGUUUGACAUGGGGAUUCUAUGAAACAGUAAUUGUCGGUUUGAAUAGUAACACCAUCAACUACGGAGAAUGCAGAGUGCAACUUGUGGUAAAAUACAACGACGAAUGUCCAGCAGCUCAGUCAGACAACACCCGGACUGAAGUAUGUCCUUCAGGUGCAGACGCCGUGUGUGAUCUCGCGUGUUUAGAACCAAAUGAAGCACUUUUUGCACCUGUUCCUAAGUAUAUCUCUUGUGGAACGCUUGGCGUAUGGGAUACAAGAAAACCGUAUGAUGAUCUCGUCCUUCCGGGAUGUACAAUCAGUGGAGACCCAAAAUAUGCAGUCACAAGCGUGAUGGGAUUUGAAACAGUGAUUUCUUGUGGAAAGUUGGACAUACACACUAAAGUAACUGAUAGAUUGGACGAUGUGUUAACAAACGAUAUAAACGGCUUCAAAUGGAUGGGACUUUGCACUGGUGACAUGUGCGAUAACCUUGCAAUCACAAAAGCAGCCUGUAUCGGCAAUUCAAAUAUAUUUGAAGUUGGAUUUACCCUUACAUAUGCAAGGCUAAUGAAAAAAGGCAUGUUUCAUCACCAUGAAAAUCUCUCUUAA